AUGACGAACUCACCGUCGAGCACGUCCUUGGAGAGCUCAGUUACCGCGACUGAGGCCGAUGUCCAGUCGCAGCACGCAGGUAUGACUAGCGUGAACCACUUCAAGAUCGUCUUCGACCGGGCGGGCGUUACAAGGGAGGCGCUGCAGUGGAGAUAUCCCGGCCAGGGAACCGAGGAGAGCCCCUACGCUGUCGACUUCACGCCGUGCGACCCCUACAACCCCCAGGAAUGGACCAACACCAAGAAAUGGUGCAUGACGAUCCUUACGGCCAUUUCUACCCUCGCAGUCGCCUUCGUGAGCAGUGCCUUCUCCGGCGGACUGGCAUACAUCAUCGCCGAGUUCAAGGUGUCCCAGGAGCUCUCCAUCCUCGGCCUGUCCCUCUUCGUCGUCGGUUUCGCUGUCGGACCUCUGCUAUGGGCACCAGCGAGUGAAUUCUACGGCCGGCAGAUACUGUUUACCAUCACGUAUGCGGCUCUAACAGCAUUCAAUGCCGGCGCUGCUGGUGUUAAGUCCUUCGCUGGCCUUGUCGUUCUCCGCUUCUUUGCAGGCGCUUUCGGCUCGUCGCCCCUGACCAACUCGGGAGGUGUCAUUGCGGAUAUGUUCUCGCAAAAGGAAAGAGGAUUCGCCACGGCUUGCUUCGCUGCUGCCCCUUUCUUGGGCCCGUCACUAGGCCCGAUCGUCAGCGGUUUCCUUGGCGAGGCUGAGGGCUGGAGAUGGAUCGAGGGGCUCAUGGCCAUAUUCACGGGUGUCCUGUGGAUUACCUGCUCCCUCCUCGUUCCUGAGACCUACGCCCCCGUGCUCCUGCGGAUUCGUGCCGCCAAGCUCUCCAAGCUCACCGGCAAGGUCUACGUCUCGAAAAUGGACGUCAACAAGAAACACCACACCAUGGCGCAGCAAUUCAAGAUCGCCCUUUCCCGGCCGUGGAUGCUGCUCUUUAGGGAGCCUAUCGUCCUUUUAACGUCGAUCUACAUGGCAAUCGUGUAUGGAACGCUGUAUAUGAUGUUCCCGGCGUUUCCCAUCGUGUUCCAGUUGUCCAAGGGCUGGGGUCCGGGCCAGGCUGGUCUGGCUUUCCUGGGUAUCACCGUGGGCAUGGUGUUUGCAGUCGCAUAUGCCAUGUUUGACAACGUGAGAUAUGCGAGAAUCGCUGAGGAACACAACGGCAUGGCUCCUCCAGAGGCCCGUCUGCCAAUGGCGAUCGUUGGCUCGGCUUUCAUUCCUGUCGGUCUCUUCUGGUUCGCUUGGACCAACGGCAACAGUGUUCACUGGAUCGUUCCUAUCAUCGGCAGUGCAUUCUUCGCCGUAGGCAUCGUGCUGGUAUUCUUGUCACUGCUGAACUACCUGAUCGAUUCUUACGUCGUCUUCGCAGCCUCAGUCCUGGCAGCAAACUCAGUCUUGCGGUCCCUCUUCGGCGCCGCCUUCCCUCUUUUCACGGAGCAAAUGUACACAAACCUGGGUCUUCACUGGGCGGCUUCGAUACCUGCCUUCCUCUCGGUGGCCUGCAUCCCCUUCCCGAUCAUCUUCUACAUCUACGGACCUAAGAUCCGCGCCAAGUGCAAGUUCGCCGCCGAGGCGGCCCGGGUCUUGGACGAGAUGCGUGGCCGCGUUGAUAUCGAGGACCCAGAGGCCGCAGAGGACGAGGCCAUGGAGGAGGUCGAGCGCGAGGUCAGGAUGGAGAAGCUGGUCAAGAAGAUGAGCCGUGCCUCGGGUAAGAGCCGUACGCGUGGCCUCAGCAGGGUCGAGAGCGGUGCGGCAGGCCCUGGUCCCGCGACGCAGGCUAUGCCCAAGGAGGUCGAUGACGAGAAGGUGGAUGCUUGA